GAAUGUGGAUCUGAUCCUUUUUCUUUGUCCUGUGUUUGGCGCUAGAUUGUUUUUGUUUGGUUUUUUUUCAUUCUUUUUUUCUUCUUAGAUAUUUCGUUUUUGUAAUAUAACAAGAAGAUUCUCCUGGGUUUUCUGAUUUCGCAGUAUCGGUGGAUAUUUAAGAUUGUCCGGGUCCCAGGCAGGAGCCAUGAUUCUUAGAAGUCCUUGUUGGCUGCCAGUUCUAUUUCUGUGCGUUUCUGCGCUUACUGAAGAAGGAGAGGUAGAAGACGAAACCGCAUUCGACCUCUUCGAAGUCAGCCAAAUCACGCGCAAGACCGUCGGCGCCAAGCUCUUUCGGGGUCAUGACCCCGACACGCCGGCCUACCGCUUCAUCCGCUUCGACCAGCUGCCGUCGGUGAGCGCGCCGGUGCUUCGCCAGGUUCUGCGGCAGGUGCAGAACAACGAGGGCUUCGUGUUCCUGGCCACGAUGCGGCAGGACCGCGGCUCGCGAGGCACCCUGCUGAGCCUGGAGGGCCCCGGCGACCGGCGGCAGUUGGAAAUCGUGUCUAACGGACGCACCAACACCCUGGACCUGGUGUACUGGUUGGACGGCUCGCAGAACGUGGUGUCCUUUGAGGAUGUGGACCUGUCAGACUCGCAGUGGAAGAACGUCACGCUCCACGUGCACGGUGAGAACGCCAACCUGUACGUGGGCUGCAGCCUCGUCGACGGCUUCAUCCUGGACGAACCGUUCUACGAGAACCUCCGCGCCGACGGGAGCCGCAUGUACGUCGCCAAGGGCGCCACCCGAGAGAGCCACUACCGGGGAUUUCUCCAGAAUGUGCGCUUCAUCUUCGACACGCCAUUGGAAGACAUCCUGAGAGGGCGGGGCUGUGAGGUCACCAAGCAAGAGGUGGAAAACAUAGUGAGCGACAGUGGGGAGGACGUAGGAUCCUCCAUCACCACCAACCUCAUCGGGCAAAAGACGGACGCCCCCCAGGGGGGGGGGGACAUGCUGUGCGAGCGCUCAUGCGAGGAGCUCACUAGCCUCUUCAACGAGCUCAAGGGUCUCCGGAUCGUGGUGAGCAACCUCAUCGACGGCCUGCAGAAAGUGACGGAGGAGAAUAAUGUCAUGCGCGAGCUUCUGUCCAAGAUGAAGAACCCCAAGGAACAGCAAAUGUGCUGGCAAGAUGGCCGUCUGUUUGAGGACAAGGAGGAGUGGAUCGUGGACAGCUGCACUAAGUGCACGUGUCAGGAGGCGAAGGUGGUGUGUCGCCAGAUAACCUGUCCUGCUGUGGCUUGCGCCAGUCCGUCCUUCAUCGAUGGGGAAUGCUGCCCUGUAUGCCUCUUGAAGGACAGCGAGGAUGGCUGGUCCCCCUGGUCGGAGUGGACCGAGUGCACGGUCACCUGCGGUACCGGCACUCAGCAGAGAGGGCGGUCCUGCGACGACACCAGCAACCCCUGCGCGGGUCCCUCCAUCCAGACCCGCAGGUGCAGCCUGGGAAAGUGCGACAGCCGUGUUCGUCAAGACGGCGGGUGGAGCUUGUGGUCUCCAUGGUCAUCAUGCUCGGUGACGUGCGGCGAGGGGCAGAUCACCCGAAUCCGGCACUGCAACGCCCCCAUGCCACAGAGGGGGGGCAAGGACUGCGACGGCAAUGGAAGAGAUACCCAGCGCUGCGAGGCAGAGCCCUGUCCCAUCGAUGGCAGCUGGGGGCCCUGGUCACCGUGGGCGACCUGCUCGGCGACUUGCGGUGGAGGUCUGAUGGGUCGAAGCCGGGUGUGCAACAGCCCCAAGCCUCAGCACGGGGGUAGGAAGUGCCGGGGGGAAUCCACCGACAACGAUAUCUGCAACAAAGAGGACUGCCCUGUCGAUGGCUGUCUCUCGAACCCAUGCUUCGCUGGUGUGGAGUGCAGCACCGAUACCAAUGGGUCAUGGGCAUGCGGGUCAUGUCCCAUGGGUUACCGUGGUAACGGCACCCACUGUGAGGAUGUGAACGAGUGUGAUAUGGUCUCUGACUUGUGCCACAAGGUGGGUGGAGUCCAUCAGUGCGUCAACACUAACCCUGGCUUCCACUGCCUGCCCUGCCCGCCCCGGUACAAAGGGAUCCAGCCUUAUGGAAUGGGAGUAGAGGCAGCCAAGAAGAGUAAGCAGGUGUGCGAGCCACAAAAUCCUUGCAAGGAUAAGACGCACAGCUGCCACAAGUACGCCGAGUGCAUCUACAUCAGCCACUUCAGCGACCCCAUGUACAGGUGCCAGUGUCGCAUCGGCUACGCCGGAGACGGCAUUGUCUGCGGCGAAGACUUCGACCUGGACGGCUGGCCCAACCAGGACCUGGUCUGCGGUGCCAAUGCCACUUAUCACUGCAAGAAGGACAACUGCCCUAAACUGCCUAACUCAGGGCAGGAAGACUUCGACAAUGACGGCCAAGGAGAUGCCUGUGAUAACGACGACGACAAUGACGACAUUUUGGACGACCGGGAUAACUGCCCCUUGGAGUACAACCCACGGCAGUUUGAUUAUGAUAAAGAUGAUGUUGGUGACCAAUGUGACAACUGCCCAUACGAGCACAACCCCACCCAGAUAGACACAGACAACAACGGAGAGGGAGAUGCUUGCGCUAUCGAUAUCGACGGCGAUGAAAUCCUGAAUGAACGGGACAACUGCCCCUACGUUUACAAUACUGACCAGAAGGACACUGAUUUAGAUGGUGUUGGUGAUCAGUGUGACAACUGCCCCCUCGUCCACAACACAGACCAGGCCGACAAAGACAACGACCUUGUGGGAGACCGGUGUGACGAUAACCAGGACAUCGACGAGGACGGCCACCAGAACAACAUGGACAACUGCCCGUACAUCCCCAACGCCAACCAGGCUGACCACGACAAGGACGGCAAAGGCGACGCCUGCGACCAUGACGACGACAAUGACGGGAUACCAGACGACCGGGACAACUGCAGGCUGGUUCCCAAUGAAGACCAGCUGGACUCUAACAGAGACGGCCGGGGUGACGCCUGCCAGGACGACUUUGACAAUGACAGCAUCCCUGACAUUUUUGACGUCUGUCCGGAGAACAACGAAAUCAGCGUCACCGACUUCCGAAAGUUCCAAAUGGUGCAUCUUGACCCCAAGGGAACGACACAGAUCGACCCCAAUUGGGUUGUGCGCCACCAAGGCAAGGAGCUGCUGCAGACUGCCAACUCGGACCCAGGAAUUGCAGUUGGUUUCGACGAAUUCAACGCAGUGGACUUCAGCGGGACGUUUUACGUGAACACGGACCGGGACGACGACUACGCGGGCUUCGUGUUUGGGUACCAGUCCAGCCGUAGGUUCUACGUGGUGAUGUGGAAGCAGAUCACUCAGACCUACUGGGAAGAGAAACCUUCCAAGGCUUUCGGCAUCUCCGGCGUCUCCCUCAAAGUGGUCAACUCCACCACAGGCACCGGCGAAUACCUCCGCAAUGCCCUGUGGCACACGGGCAACACUAAGCAGCAGGUCCGCACCCUCUGGCAUGACCCCAAGAACAUCGGCUGGAAGGACUACACCGCAUACAGAUGGCACCUGAUUCACAGACCCAAGACUGGCUUCAUCAGGGUGGUUGUUUAUGAGGGGAAGCAAAUUAUGGCCGACUCAGGCCCCGUGUACGACAAGACAUUUGCGGGCGGAAGGCUAGGGCUGUUUGUGUUCUCACAGGAGCGGGUUUACUUCUCCGACCUGAAAUACGAGUGCAGGGAUAACUGAGCUCUAUUUGGAGACUGCUCUGGAUGGGUUAGUGUCUCUAAGCACAGGUCCCUGAUCAGUUUUCCCCGACCAUAUUCCUAUACCCCAAACAUUUGCCACAAAAAUGUUAAGUCAAUUGGAGGUCAGUCCAUCUAUGCCAGUGAUGCAGGGUGACUCAAAAUCAGCCACACCAUGUUAGUCCUGGUUACUUUACUCCUUCCCCAACUCAUCAGCCAAUGAAAUGCAGCUCCACCCACAGAGUUCUCAGGGCGAAUGCCUGCCUUACCUGCCAGUUGAAGAGGUGGGGUUUUUAGGGAGGGGUUUUGAGGGGAAAAUAAGAUUUUACAACUUGAGACAGAGGUGGGGCAAACCAAUCAAUCUUAUUUCCUCAUGUGGAUGCCAUUAACUUAAAGCAAGUACACCAUACAAACAAAUUUGUCCUGGGACAAAUUAUGAAUUUUACAUUCAUAGGUUUUUUUGUUAUAAGACCACAUAUGUUUUCUCCAAAGUUUUUUCCAAGUAUUACUUAAUGACAUUUUUUAUUAUUCACAUGAUUAUUUUGUUCAUAUGCACAUGUUGACUUCAUUACAAAGUAAUGUAGGGGAUAUUAGGGGUGCAUGUCACGUGAUCUAAUCACAAGAAUAUCACACAAGGAUAGUUCUGUUUCAUUGGGUGUAUUCUGCAUUGUCACUGAACUGAAACAUUCCAGCUUAAUUGCACAAGGGCUUUUAAUCGUUACCACAUGGUUUUCUGGCUUAUUGAAUUCUGACCAUUAAAGUGUUGCUUUUUUGUCCUAGUUGUCUUUUUGGUUUGUUUAAGGUAAUCCCAUUUUUUCAAGGGAUUAUAGAAUUGAUUAAAUAGAAGUGAUUAAAACCUGUUUUAUUCCUGGGAGAUGAAGAUGUUUAUAUUCAGAUUGUAUUAUAAAUUCUUCUGUAAAUUAUUUGUUUUCUUUCCAUUCUGAGUUAGCAUUUUGUUUGUUUUGUUUUAGUUUUUUGCCAAAGAUUGUAAAUAAUUAUUUAUUUGUUUACAGAGACAAAAUUUCACAAUUGAAAUACACUGAAUGGUUAUCUAUAAAAUAAAGUUUUUUCUCCUUGGAUUUUUGCAUUUUGAUUUCAAUUUUGAAAAUAUAUUUCUACAGUUUUUCCUAAAAUAGAUCACAGAAAAGCUACAUUUGUAUUUUGAAAUUUUUAGUUUUUUCGUUUUUAGGGUGUACAGCAUAUUCGAAAUAACUUUCUGUUACAUUAAUAAGAACCCAGCAUGUGCAGUUCUUUCAGUCCAUGAGUGUAUACCAAAGUCCCCAUGCAAUGUAUGCACUGGGGGUGUAAUCUGAGUAUUAUUCAUUCUGGACUUUGAAGAGUAUUAAGGAUAUCAUUGGGAAAAUUAAAUUGGGUGUGAUGAUCAAGGAAAAUAUCCAUGGGCAUGAAGGGUAUCUGGGAAAAGACAGUACUCCAAAUUUGGGGAAAAAGAUAACUUUGGGUAUACCCUGUACCCUACGCCGUAUCAAAAGUAAUGUAUGUCAAAUGACAGCAACUUAAAAAAAAAAAUGUAGCUAAGCUUAAUAUCACCAAUAUUAUUCAAGAAAUCAAACGUGAGGAUCUUUUUCUCAAGCACUAUCAUUGUAUAUUUUUACUAUUCAUAUUAUCGACAUUGCAUGAUAUUUGUUUUACCUUUUUCAAAAACCAUUUGUAUUCUGAUAAAAUUUACAUUUUCAAAACAAACAAAACUGACAUUUGUAUGUGCUCUCCAUGGGUGGAAAUUAUGUUGUUUCAUAAAUAAAGGUUUUAUAUGUGUA